AUGAGCAAGCAGUUACACUCUUUCUUCCUUUCCUCCUCCUACAGGAAAUUCAAGGCAGCAGAAGCCCAGCGAUCGUCUCACCAAUGCCAUGUGUGCUCACUAAGGUGCGAAGUCCCCUGGGAGACUCGUAUCAACAUGUUCAGUGAAAAGAGCAGCACCUCUUUGUCCCAGAAACCUAGUCAGAAAAAGACCAGGCCCCAGGGGCUCCCAUCCCCUGCUCUCUGCUGCGCCUGUGGACUUUGCAUCAUGCUCGCCGGGAUCAACAUCACCCUGGUGGGAGCGUUCGCUUUUGGGACCUUCCUCCCUGUGAACAACCCCCCCAUCAUCAUUGGACCCAUCCUGCUGGUGGUUGCUUUCACGUUCUUUGGGGCCUGCUGCAUCUGUAGCCGGAGACCACCCGCCCAUGGGGCAAGGAAAUCCAAGCCAGGUUCCAACAUUGGGCUCAUCAAACCCGGUAACACGGCCUUCGAGAUAGAAACCAGCGAGCACACGGUGCAGGACACCACCGCCGUGCAGCUGAGCCCAACCAACUCGCCUGUGUCCUCCAGAAAGUCCACACCCGUCCAUGAGAACUCCAAGACCUGCAAACUCUUCACAAUGGAUGGCAAUGGGCCAGCAGCAAAAUACACAGCAGGAGGGGAAUCAAUUCAGCUGAACUUACCUAGAGACCUUAUGACAUCCUAA